CGUCUUUCCCAAUUCACUUGCAUAAACAAAAGCAAGCAGUCAUAUUUACAAUUUUACCAAUCCCCUCAUCAUCAAGAUGUCUACUGUUGGUCAGGUUAUCCGAUGCAAAGCUGCGGUGGCGUGGGAGGCAGGGAAGCCGCUGGUGAUGGAGGAAGUGGAGGUGGCUCCUCCUCAGAAGCACGAAGUCCGUAUUAAGAUCCUCUUCACUUCUCUCUGCCACACUGACGUCUAUUUCUGGGAAGCCAAGGGACAAACUCCCUUGUUUCCUCGUAUCUUCGGCCAUGAAGCUGGAGGGAUUGUGGAGAGUGUUGGAGAGGGAGUGACGGAUCUUGAGCCAGGAGACCAUGUCCUGCCGAUCUUCACGGGCGAAUGCAGGGACUGUCGGCACUGCCAGUCGGAGGAGAGCAACAUGUGCGAUCUCCUCAGGAUCAAUACCGAACGAGUAACAAUGAUCCACGACGGGAAAUCGAGAUUCUCAAUCAAUGGCAAACCCAUCCACCAUUUUCUCGGAACUUCCACCUUCAGUGAAUACACUGUCGUCCACUCCGGCCAGGUCGCCAAGAUCAACCCGGCUGCUCCUCUCGACAAAGUCUGCGUCGUCAGUUGCGGCCUAUCCACUGGCCUUGGAGCAACCUUGAACGUGGCGAAACCGAAGAAGGGUCAGAGCGUGGCGAUUUUCGGGCUCGGAGCUGUCGGCCUCGCUGCUGCUGAAGGGGCAAGAAUCUCGGGUGCUUCAAGGAUCAUCGGUGUUGAUCUUAACCCUAACAGGUUCGAGGAAGCCAAGAGGUUUGGUGUGACAGAGUUCGUGAACCCUAAAGAUCAUGACAAACCAGUUCAAGAGGUGAUUGCUGAGAUGACGGACGGAGGAGUGGACCGGAGCGUGGAGUGCACGGGAAGCAUCCAGGCCAUGAUCUCAGCGUUCGAAUGCGUCCACGACGGUUGGGGAGUGGCGGUGCUCGUGGGCGUACCGAGCAAAGACGACGCCUUCAAAACCCAUCCGGUGAACUUCCUGAACGAGAGGACACUCAAAGGCACUUUCUUCGGAAACUACAAACCCAAGACCGAUAUUCCCGGCGUCGUCGAGAAAUACCUCAACAAGGAGCUGGAGCUGGAGAAGUUCAUCACUCACACAGUGUCCUUCUCGGAGAUCAACAAGGCGUUUGAUUUGAUGCUGAAGGGAGAGUCUCUCCGUUGCAUUAUCCGUAUGGAGGAUUGAAGAACAGAUUUCUGAAUCCCAUAAUGUUUUCUGCAAUUUUUCCUUUUUCCUAUAUAACGUUGCGUAAUAAGAGCCAUCGCGUAUAAUGGUGAUAUAUAUAAUAUGCUGUUUUUCUUGUUCGUAUGAUAAAUAAAAAGCUGAAAACUAUAAUGUUUUCUGCAUUUUCCGGUUUUAGUUAA